AUGCCCAGGCUUACUCCGCAAGAGCUGCUUGAGGAGCUUGAAGCCUUCGCUGAGAGCCCUCCUGCGGAGUUGGAAAAGGAACCAGGCCAAGCAGCGAGAAUCUCGCACGCAGCAAAUAAAGUGGUACUGUCACUGGAAAAACCUGCAGAUGUUGUCGCUCGUCUAUUUCUUUCUCAACCUAUUGAACAACUUACAGUACGCGUUGCAUCUCGUCUGGGGCUCUUUCGAGUUCUCAAGGAAAGUAACGGGCCUAAGACCCUGAAAGAACUGGCGGCAGCAACUGGUGCAGAUGAAGUUCUGCUCGCUCGGGUCUUGCGUGCCUUGGCGGCAUUUGGCGCCAUUCUAGAAGUCAACGAAGACGGAUAUGCCUUUGCACCGUCUUAUGAGCUGUUUGCUAACCAGACUUUUGCGGAUAGUUUGGACCACUGUGCCACAUUCUUGAAUCUCACAUACCAGGCCCUUCCAGAUUUCCUGUCUUCAAUCAAAUUUGCAGACCCGACUGAUCCUAACAAUACCGCUGUGCAGCAAGCAUUUGAAGCCCAGGGUCAAGGCAUUCUAGAAAUAUUGAUGGCUCGUCCGGAAAUUGCUCGUGGCUUCGGGGUCAUGAUGAAUACGUGGGGUGAGGAUAACUCUCUCAUCCAGGAUUUAUACCCUGUUAAGGAGAAAUUGGCCCAAAACUUCGACCCAGAGACAGUUAUGUUUGUCGAUGUCGGUGGCGGCUACGGUCAGAAAGCCAUUGCGCUUAAACGAGCAGUGCCGGAUUUGCCUGGACGCUUUAUCGUCCAAGACCUCCCUGAUACAAUUGAGCACGCGCCCAAAGUCGAAGACAUCGAAUACCAGGCCCAUGAUUUCUUGACCGAGCAACCAAUUAAGGGGGCUCGCGCAUAUUAUAUACGCCAGUGUCUGCACAACUGGCCUCAUGAGAAAUGCGUUACCAUUCUUUCCCAACUUGCUAAGGCGAUGAAGCCGGGGUACUCCAGACUCUUUAUCCAUGAGCUGAUUGUGCCGCAGCGUCACGCUGGCACUUGGAUGGUGACCCAGGACUUCAACAUGAUGACCCUCUGCGGCACCAGAGAGAGAACUGAAGCACAAUGGCGGGAGCUCCUUGUGGAAGCUGGUCUUAAGGUCUCCGGUGUCUACUAUCCUGACGACGGGGUGUCUGAGGGUGUCGUGGAAGCCGAGCUUUGA